UUUCCACGUUGAGUAAACACACGGAGCUCUGCACGUGCAUUGGGGUUUCGGGAGGACGGUUCGGUUCGGCUCGUUUCGGCUCGACUCGGUUAUUCGAAUAAAACCCCUGAAAACGUUCACGCGCAGGAACACGAGCCAUGUCGACCAAUCAGGAGAGCCAGCCUCAGCCCAGUGCACGCGCUCCGGUACCGACUGAGAUCAGCGAUAAAACCGAAAAUCCCGAUAAAAUCAGCGGAAAGGUUCAGAACCAAACCCCGGGCAGAACCAUGAUCCCGCUGGGAAAACCCAAAUCCGGCCGGGUGUGGAAAGACCGCAACAAACAGAGGUUCUCGGCUCUGUUGCGUGAUAAACCUCUGCACAGCUCCUGGCAGAAGAAGAUGGAGGCCAAGAGGGAGAAGGAGAUGGUGAAGCAGUACCACCAACAGCUCAAAGACAACAAGGCCAGAGAGAAGGAGGAGAAGAGGAAGAGACGGGAAGAUAAUCUGAAGAGACGAGAGGAAAAUGAGAAGAAAGCAGAGAUUGUUCAAGUGAUUCGCAACACGGCCAAACUGAAGCGCAUGAAGAAGAAGCAACUGAGGAAGAUCGAGAAGAGAGAUACGCUGUCGGCGCUGCAGAAAACUCCGCCCACCGUCAAAAAAGCAAACAAAGGAGAAUAAAAGAUGAAAAGAUGAACUAAAGACAUUAAUGCCUGUGAUUAAUUUCACUUUACGAUGAUGUAUAAAGACUGCACACACACACACACACACUGGAGGUGUAUUGUAAAUAACUGUGUGUGUGUGUGUGAGUGUGUGUGUGUGUGUGUGUGUGUGUGUGUGAGAGAGAGAGAGAGGGACAGGAUGUCAGUAGUUUCCUGGUAGACAUCAGCGGGGGUUUUUUUUUUGUGAGGUGUCCAAAUGUAAACAAGUGGCAUAAAACUUGGUGCUUUCCUGUGUGGCUUGAUUUCAUCUUGUGCUGUUAAAACCUUUUGCUUUCACUUUCUCUAAGAAACAGUCAAAGCUCCACCCUCAAAACUGUUUCAUUUUGUUUAUCUGCAAUCACAUGAUUUAUAAGCAAGUAAAAAGUAACCGAGUGGCGUGAUGAAGUUUCCUGUUAUCACCCUGAAGUCCAUUAAAAUUUUUUAUUUAUUAAA